CAAACGCUAACGUUCACUCUUAUCACCACGACUCACGAGGAGACUGAUAUCAACCUGCGAUGUCUGUUCCAAAACACCAUGAGCACUUUUACUUCACUUUCGUCACAUUUCUGGUCGAGGACUGUCUAUUCAGGGUGCCUCGUGACACACUAGAGUCGCAAUCAGACAUCUUUCGCGAUUUGUUUCUACUGCCUGUUCAAGCCGACAAAGUUGAGGGAUAUUCAGACACAGAUCCUAUCGUUCUCGAGGGCAUCCUGAAGGAAGAAUUCCAGUCUCUCAUGAAGGUUCUGUAUCCCAUGCCACUUACCCGCUUGCCACCUUCUCCGGAUAGACUUCCAUCGACCCUCGAGGAGUGGACGGGCAUAUUGAAGUUAUCCAAAAUGUGGAGCUUCACUCGCAUCCAGGAAUUCGCCAUUCAACAGAUGGAGCCUAUGCUUGCUACGAGACCUCUAGACAAAGUUGCACUCGCUCAGGAUUAUGGAGUCACAGAAUGGCUGGUCCCGGGUCUGCUGCAACUGGCAAGGAGAGAAGAGCCAGUUGGACUAGAAGAUGUACGGAAACUUGGACUGGAUACUGCGUUGAAGCUUGCCGAUAUUCGGGAGAGUGCACAGUCCACCAUGCCAACUUGGGCUGGACGGUAUUAUAUGAAUCCUAUCGAUCGAUCAGUUGACAUGCCCAACAUCACUGCGACUGGUCCUCGAGGAUCUACUUUAUGUGAUUAUACCAAUCGAAUCCGUCAAGUAUUUAAUUUACAGGAGUGAUUUCAAACUCCAAAUUUUACAUCUUACUUGUAUUACUUCAGUGUAUAUAUACUGUAUACUACAAACAGUUAGGAGCGUGUACAUGGGAGUCAGACAGAUUACUUCCGCGGGAUCAAACGUUCCGUCCUUACUUAGAUGACAGCCUGAUGUUACCAUGUACAUUCAAAGUUUAGUAACAGCUAGAUUCACAACGUUUGAC